UCUCAGAUAUUGUACUUCCUUUAGCCAAUGGGGUUGCGUCAGUAAAUCUUCACAAUGUGAUUGGAGCCUCAGAGGCCGACGGGACAUCCUGAACAGAUUUAAAAAGACACAACUGUUGCCUCUGGAGGACAGACACUGAGACGGUGAAGGACAGCGAUGGCUCGUCUCACAACUCUUCUCUUUGCCAUGUGGCUUGGUGUGACAGUGAGCACAGUGGUUGAUCUGGAGAAGAGAAUCCUAGGAGGUCAAGAGUGUGGACCAGAUGAGCGUCUGCACCAUGUCAAGCUGAUAUCCACAGGAAAUACGAAUUGUGCCGGCACUCUGAUCAGUGAGCGGUGGAUUGUGACUGCAGCUCACUGCUUUGCGCCAGGACGGACGUUCAACGCAUAUAUCGGCGAGCGUGCUGGUAGCCUUCAAGAAGUGAGAAUCAAAGAGAAAGCUGAGAUCUUCAACGACAGCAACGGCCAGGAACACGACCUCGCCUUAGUGAAGCUGCCUAAAGCAGUUGUAGGUGUCAAACCUGUAGGACUUCCUGACUGUCAACAUCCUCCCAAGAAAGAUGCUAGGGUUCAGCUUGCAGGUCGAGAAAAUGGUUCAGGAUCUCUGGUCUGUGUUGAUAUGCACAUUUCCGUCUGUAAGACUUACGAAACCUUGAAACAUCAGCACUUCAUCUGUACCCAGACACCUGCGUUGGGAGCCCAUACCGGUGACUCUGGUGGAGGAGUGGUGUACCAGGACAAGAUUUAUGGUGUCAUUUCAAAAGGUAAUACAAAAAAUCCCGCUGGUCGGCCAAUUCUUUCGAUGGACCUCUGUUAUGGGCCAUACAAUCAGUGGAUCAGAAAGACCAUCGCACAACCAUGAGCAAAUGCAGCUUUUGGUUGAUGGUGAAAUGUUCAGUUUUUAACAGACAUUUCACAAAAGACUUUACAGUUGAUGUCAUUGUUCAUUAAAAUGUCCAGCUAUAAUUUGUAAACCCUUUAUUCUUUUCCCACAACCUUCAAAGGUUCACUGUGUACGAUUUAGGAGAAAGGAACUAUCCGCAGAAAUUGAAACUAACAUAAUCCUAGUGAUGUUUUCAUUCGUGUGUUUCAUCUAAAUUGUAUGAAUUGUUGUUUUAGUCACUCUAGAAUUGGCCCUUUGGAUUUAAAUACUUUAUAGUUACUUCAGGAGCGAGUCCUUUCUAAGGAGGCCACCAUGUUUUUUACAGUAGCCCAGACUGGACAAACUAAACACCUUUUGAGGUUUUAUGACAACUGAAGUUACCCCAGGUCCUCUUACGUGUUUGAAAGGGGAGGGUGAGGUGAGGGGCAUUAAGCUGCAACAUGACACUUCACCACUAGAUGUCACUAAAUUCUACAAACCGAACCUUUUUAAGAAAAUGUCUAUCUGUAAAAAAUAAUGUUUUACAUUGUCUUGUGUGUAAAUUCAACAGAUUGUGUCUGUUUUUAUAAAUUCAUUCUAUUGGGGACAAACAAAAUAAAACAUAAACUACAAAGGGAGACACAGCAAUCAACUGCUCUACUUUCACCAGUUCUGAAAAUACAAUGAACAAUGUCACUUCCUUCUGUUCUGUCAACUGAAAUAAAAGGAG